AUGAGAGCUUCGGCACUACCACGCCCCACUGAGCCUCUGCCGAACACUCUGACAACUGGGCGCCACUCAACACUUGGACAUACGGGGUGUCCAACACUCAGAGUGCCGAUCGGAAUCCAUCCACGCGUCUCUACAGCAGCUAAGCUUACAGCGACGACUUCAAGAGCAGGGAGCACGUCAUCUGCACGUUCCACUACAUUGAGAUCUUCGUCUGUUGCUAACAAGACUAUCGCCGCGCCGACUGCGAGAACGAGUAAUAUGGCUCGUGCUGUACCAGUACCGUCUCGUCCUCCCUCAGAGGUUGCAUCUCUCAAGUCAGAGAUCACAAAGUUGAAAGAGGAGCUCAAGACGAGAGAAGAACAGUUAAAACUUACGAGUGAAGUACUGGAAAUGCAGAAAACGAAUCUUACACACAUCAAUGCGCAGUUGGAGAACGCCAAAAUCAGGCUAGACUUAGUGGAAAGCUGUAAGAUCACGCUGGAAGAACAGUUGAAACUAUUGAAGGAAAACAUGCAGCAAAAAACAGCUCACAACGAAGAAAUGUGUCAGCAGCUGAACGAAAAGGAAGCCAUCCUGAGAAAGUUGCAUAAUGAUGUCGUUGAUAUGCGAGGACAGAUUCGUGUGGCGGUUCGCGUUCGCCCGAUGCUCAAGUCAGAAGAGGAAUCCAGUAAUGAUGGAAUAGAGUACCCGGCUGUGAACGCGAUUGCAAUCAAUCAAGGGACAAAGAAGGGAACAACUUUGAUGUUCGAAAAAUCAGCACUUCAUGGUUACAACGUCGGAUUGAUUGCAUUCGGUCAGACAGGGAGUGGGAAGACACAUACGAUGAGAGGAGGCGAUGCUGAAGAAGAAGAAGGAAUUAUUCCAAGAGCUGCAACUUUCCUGUUCAGAGAGUCGAAAAAACUUGAAGCAACGGGAUGGAAGUUCGAAUUUUCGUUAUCUUUCCUCGAAAUCUACAACAAUGAAGCUUAUGAUCUGCUCAACAAUCAUGCGGCGGUCAAACUCCGAUUAGUGAACCAAACAGUGACACUUGAUGGCCUGUCGGAUCAUCCGCUGGCGAAACAAUCUGAAAUUGGUAGUCUCCUACGAACUGCAGAUAAGAACAGGAAAACCGCUGCAACAAAAUGCAACGAGUAUUCGUCUCGUUCUCACGCCAUCUACAUGUGGAAGAUCAAGGCUCAUCAGCAAGCCACUGGUAUAUCGACGUCUUCAAUGCUCAAACUAGUAGACUUGGCCGGAUCUGAACGCGCGAAAGAGUCUGGAGUCAUUGGACAACAGUUCAAGGAGAUGACCAACAUCAAUCAGUCCUUAUCCGUUCUUCAGAAAUGCAUUAGCUUGCAAAAAUCCAAAUCCCAGCAUAUCCCGUAUCGUGACAGUAAGCUCACGCAAGUGCUAAUGGACUGCUUAGGAGCCGGAAAUUCUAAAACGAUGGUCGUGGUCAACAUCAAUCCGUGCAAUGAUCAGGCAACGGAAUCCAAGCGAAGUAUCGAGUUUGCGUCAAAGAUGCGCGACACUCACAUCGGAUCAGCCGUUCAACAGCGUGAUCUCUAUUGA